GUACCCGUCCAUCCACACAAACAUACAACACUGUUGUCAUUUAGUUGUUCUUGCUAGGCAGUUACUUACAUUCAGCACCUGUCUAAGGCACAUCUAUCUCCUGCGUGAUCUGAAGAUCAGACCAGCUUGUUCAGCUUUGCCUUGUUCUAGCAGUUGAGAAGAAGGUGGUUUCAUGAAGUGCAAGCACACAGGAAAGAGGCAAAGAGUUUGAGAUAAGCUAGGUUCGAACAGAUGGAGGAUGUGGUGAAGUUCAUCUUUGGAAUUUGUGGAAAUGUCAUUGCUCUCUUCCUCUUCCUAUCCCCAGUGCCUACCUUCUGGAGGAUCAUCAGGAGGAGGUCGACGGAGGAUUUCUCAGGGGUGCCGUACAACAUGACACUCCUCAACUGCCUCUUGUCAGCUUGGUACGGGCUGCCGUUCGUGUCGCCGAACAACAUCCUGGUGUCGACGAUCAACGGCGCGGGCGCGGCGAUCGAGGCCGUGUACGUGGUGAUCUUCCUGGUGUUCGCGUCCAGCCAGCGGACGCGGCUGCGGAUGCUGGGCCUGGCGUCGGCGGUGGCGGCGGUGUUCGCCGCCGUGGCGCUGGUGUCCAUGCUGGCGCUCCACCAGGGCCAGGGCCGGAAGCUCAUGUGCGGCCUCGCCGCCACCGUCUGCUCCAUCUGCAUGUACGCCUCGCCGCUCUCCAUCAUGAGGCUGGUGGUGAAGACCAAGAGCGUGGAGUACAUGCCGUUCCUGCUGUCGCUGGCCGUGUUCCUGUGCGGCACGUCCUGGUUCGUCUACGGCCUGCUCGGCCGGGAUCCCUUCGUCGCGAUCCCCAACGGGUGCGGGAGCUUCCUGGGCGCCGUGCAGCUGGUCCUGUACGCCAUCUACCGCAACAGCGCCGGCACAGCUGGCGCCGGCAAGCAGCAGGCCGGCGACGACGUGGAGAUGGCCGCCGACGCGAAGAGCAGCAAGAAGGUCGCCGACGACGUCGGCGGCGCCGGCAAGGAGGGCCGCCUGGUCUAGCUCGGAGGAGCCACUUCGGUCCAUGGAAUCUUCGAUCUGCUUAUAACAUAAUACUCCUGUAAUAGUAGGCCAGCACCAGGACAGCAAGUGUGUUCCCUCUCCCCUGCAAAUCAACCGUUCUCCUCGAUCUCCCGUGAUUGUGUGUACCUGCGUAUACGAGAGUACGUGCUGUAGCAUAUAUACUGUAAUAAUGCAACUGGGUUUUUUGUGUUUAUUUACAUGUAAAACAAGUCAAUCAAGUACUACAGGCAAAUGUAUUAGUUUUGGGAUGGAUUAAGUAUCAGUUUGGGUAAGACCCUCAGAUACUGC